UAGUGCUGGUGUAUAUUUUCUUUCCAUGAUGUCUACAGCAGGAAUUGCUUCUCCAGAUCUUGAUCUAACCUUUGGCGCAUUGCUCUGUGGAUCGUUUAUUGUGAUCUUAUUAUUCGGCAUCUUCAUUGUUCAAGUGUAUCUUUACUAUAAAGGAUAUCCCAAGGACAAGCUUCUUCUCAAAAUCUUGUUCACACACUUUGCAUCAACAAUUAACAGUACCUCAAUCUAUUUCCAUAGUAUCUGUGAAUUGGCUCACACAAUAUGUGUCACAAGUGGGGUUUAUAUUAUGCUGAUCACUUUUUAUGGACAUCCGGAGAUCCUCUCGAAAUUUCCGUUGCCAUUCGAUCUCACAGUUGCAUUUGCAGCCCCAGUGACUGCAGUAGUUCAAGCCUUUUAUAUUCUUCGUAUCUACAGAUUUUUAAAUGUUUUGUACAUCCCCCUUGUCCUAUGGGUUCUGUGCUUCCUUCGCGUUUCAGUAACAUUGUUCGAAUUACAAUGGAAUUGGCUUUUCACUGUCAAUUUUGUAGUGGGUGCAUUUGUUGAUGUUGCUGUUGCGGGAAUUCUGGUUUUUAAACUUUGGAAAGAACGGAGGGAGGCUAUGAAAAGUGUUGUUGCAGUUCUUGUUGUGAUAUUUGUAUUGAUCUGGAUAACCACAUAUACAUGUCUUGCAAAAGUAUACUCCAACUCACUUAUGGCUGGACUGAAUGCUCGCAAUAAUCUUCGCCACCUGGAAACAGAAACAGAAGCUCAGGUAUAUGAGCUAGAUGUCCAUCCUGAUGGCACAGAUUCUCUGAGGUCCCAAGCUCCCAGGAAUAGGGUAAUUGGUCCUCAUGGACAUAUCAAAUCAGUUGACACGGAAUUACAAUUUGCUUCAAACCAAACCUCCACAGUCACCAGUGUUUUGGUGUAAAAUUUGCUUGAAUCAUUCUGAUUAAACUACAGCUUGUAAUACCGAUGAUGUUGUCCAUUAAUGAAAUCAGUUCCAUAGUACGGC